AUGUCUUCCACACAGCCCCAGAUCAAAAUCAAGUUUUUCACAAAGGAUCCUCUGGAAACACUCCAGGUUCCAGACACUGCGUUGUUUGUGCCCACUUUGUUGAAGAGAUAUGGGCUCUCAGAGAUAGUCAACCAGUUGAUUCAAGACCAGCAGAACAAGAUUGAGAAGCUGGAAUACAAGAUCAUUCCCUUUGAUUUCCUUAUUGACUCCCAGAUAUUGACCACGUCAAUUGACGAGUAUUUGGUGGACAAUGGGUUGUCCACCGAAGUGAUACUAAAUCUAGAAUACAAGAAAAGCGUAUUACCACCAAUUUACUUGAACUCAUUGAACAACAACGAUUGGGUUUCCUCAAUAAGUUUGAAUAAAGACAAGAUAUUGAUUGGUUCAUACGAUGGAAUUAUUAAAAUCUACAACUCAUCUCAAAAUAAAUUUGAGAAAAAGUUUUUCUCAAAUCAUUUGAAUUCCAUCAAAGAUGUCAAAUGGAUCACAAAUUCCAGGGUUAUUUCUUGUGGCAAUGACAACCAAUUGCGAUUGUUCAAAUUGAAAAACAACAAUAGCACAGAAGACAUACAGAACGAUGAUAACUCAGACUCUGAUGAUCCUGAUAAUAGCGAAAUCAAAACCUUGGCUAUACUAGAAGGCCACAAGUAUCCUGUGGUGAAACUCGCUGUCAAUACCGGUUCAAACAAAAUAUUGUCUGCCAGUUAUGAUAACACCAUUGGUAUAUGGUCGACUAACUUGAACGAAAUGACCUCAAUUGAUUUCAAUUCUGAUUCAAUCUCAAACAACCUAUCAUCAACGUCCUCUAAAAAAAGAAGAAAAUUGUUUGUUAAAGACGAAUUUGUCCGUAGAAAGUCUCCCUUAUCCCUUUUAGAAGAUCAUAAACAGCCUGUUGAAGAUAUAAUAUUCGAUGCAAAUGAUUCUUCGGUAGCUUAUUCUGUAUCUCAGGACCACACUUUGAAGACCUGGGAUUUGUUCACCUCUCGCUGUGUCGACACCAAAAAAACCUCCUUUUCUUUAUUGUCUCUACUCCAAUUGCGAAACUCAGGAGCCUUGAUCUCUGGUUCUUCUGCCAGACAUAUCAUCGUAAUCGAUCCUAGAGCCUCGUCAUCCAGCAAGAACACUACCAUACAGUCUCAGUUGGUUGGCCACAAGAACUUUGUUGUCUCGCUAUCCCAGGACCCCAGCAACGAGCACAUCUUUGCUUCAGCAUCCCACGACUCGACAGUCAAGCUAUGGGACAUCAGAUCCAACAACUGUCUCUUCACCAUAAAGAGAAACUCUGAGUUGCCCACAAACUCUAACAAAGUGUUGGGCCUCGACUGGAACAGCGAGAUAGGCAUUGUCAGUGGUGGGCAGGAUAAAAAGAUCCAAAUCAACAAAAGUGUCCAGGUAAACUAG